AUGUAUGACGAAAAUUUUGACAAAUCCAAACAUCAAGGAAGUGGAGGACUUUUAGAUGGAGUAACUGAUUUUAUACAAAGUCUUCAAGAUGGAUUAACACUUGCACAAGCAGCAUUUCCAGCAAAAAUUAAUAUGGAACAAAGUGAUGGAAAUGGCAGAAAAGGAUUUCAACUUCGAAUUGCAGUAACUAAUCCACCAAAUACUGUGGAUUUGAGGAAUAGAAAAGAGACAGAACUUGCCUUUUCAAAAGAUGAAGCUUCUUCUUCUUCAAAUGAAAGAGAUGAUAGUAAAAGAUGGGAUGAUCGUCAUAAUAUCGGAUCCUUUGUUCAACAAAGUGAUAGCCCAGUUCCACAAAAGAAAAUUAUUCCAAAAAGGCCAGAACCAACCAAAAGGGAAUCAGUAAACACAAUUGAGUCAAUGUUGCAAAUGAUUGGUUUAUGCCAGGGACAUCCUGAAUUAUAA